GUUUUUUAUUUAAUUACACAGAAUUCACGAUAAAUUAAUGUAUUUCAUAAAACUGGGGCCCCCCUGGCACCAUCUCGCGGCCCCCAGUUUGAAAACCACUGAUAUAGGCUACUACUCAUUUUUCAGUGCCUUAUCUAACACAACAUUAUUCAGUGGUUUUGUAAGAGCUCCUGUGCUCUGUUUAGUCAAGACAACAGUCAUCUGGAGUGAGUGAGGUAACCUUUUCACUUCCUUUUGAAAACUAUAAGCCAACUAAACUGGUCGGUAAAACCAGUUGUCAUAUCUUUUGUCCUUUAAGCUGUUGUCUGUCUGUGUUUUGUAGCAGUCACCUGGAUUGUGUGUGUGACUUGGUGGAGUUAUGGACCGGAGUUUAGGUAUUUCACUUCUGUUGGCCCUCUGUUCAUUUGCUCGAACCGCACAGAUCAAACCUGUGGUUGCUGAUGAACAGUUGCUAUGGGUCCAGGGUCAACCCCCACAGGUUCACACCUACAGGAUUCCCCUGCUCACCUUCACUCCUCAGGGAAGUCUGCUGGCUUUCGCAGAGGCCCGAAAGAUGUCGGCCAAAGAUAUCGGAGCCAAGUUCAUAGCCUUAAGACGCUCCACAGACAGAGGAACCACCUGGUCUCCCACCUCAUUUAUUGUGGAUGAUGGAAGUCUGGCAGAUGGGCUGAACCUGGGUUCGGUUGUUGUGGAUGAGGAGACCGGUGCUGUGAUACUCAUCUACUCUGUGUGCUUCCACCAUUACCACUGCAAGACCUCCAUCACAAUGCUGGUGGAGAGUCUGGAUGACGGUCUCACGUGGAGUCCUCCAAGAAACCUUAACCCUCAGCUGGGGAUCAAGAGUUUUGCUCCUGGGCCUGGCUUUGGUAUACAGAAACGCUAUCAUCCUGCUGUUGGGCGUUUGGUGGUGUGUGGACAUGGGUCCAUCGCUGGAGAUGGCGUGUUUUGUCUCCUAAGUGACGAUCAUGGAAAAACGUGGAGAUACGGAGCUGAACUCAAGAGUAUUCCCUACAACCAGCGCAAAAAGAACCUUGAUUUUGAACCGGAUGAGUGUCAGCCGGUGGAGCUGGGUGAUGGUAGCAUAGUGGUCAACGUGCGCAACAACAUGAACUAUCACUGCCGCUGUCGUAUAGUUGCCCGCAGUCUGGACGGAGGUGAAUCUCUGCCUGUGGAGGAGCUGGUGUUUGAUACCACACUGGUGGAUCCUGCGGUUGCAGCUGGAGCUCUACACAAGAAUGGAGUCCUGUACUUCACCAAUCCUGCAAAUGCUACACACAGAGUUAACCUCAGCCUUCGCUGGUCUUUGAAUCACGGUAAAUCAUGGGUGAAAGAUACUUUAAAGAUUUGGGCCGGGCCAAGUGGAUACUCCUGUAUGACAUCGCUUAAAGGCAAAAAAACCGAGGAUCAAAACUAUAUCUUCGUCAUCUUCGAGAAAGGCCAUACAGACUAUAGAGAGUCGAUCUCCUUUGUGAAGAUUAACCUGUACAGUGACCAAUAAAACACUGGGAUGCAGCGCUUUUAUAGGAAAGAACGAAAAAGCAAAAAAAAAAGAAGCCGGAAGUGUUUAUUUUGUUAUUAUAAUGAUAGUUUUAAAAUGUUUUUUUUUUGCACCUUUGGUCAUACAUGUUUCAUGUGCACUAAUUUGAUGAUCUGUAUUUUAAUGAGGUUUGGUCGGCACAUGGGCGUUGCUAGGCCCCAAAUUUCUUCUCAGCCCCUCUAAAAAUUUUGCGAUUGGCUCCAUAAACUGUACACAGAUUCGUGAUCACUUCAGUCUCCUUUAAAUUUCAUAAGGAAACGGCAGCAGGGCAGACUUUCAACACGUUCUUCAAGCCACCUCAAAUUUAAUGCGCUACUUUCAAUAAUUAAUUUCCCAUAAAUCGACACAUUUAUUUCGACGUGUGGCUGCACAUCACAUUGUUAAAAACCAAUAUUUACAUUUAUACCAUGGUCUGUUUAAAUACUCGAUUCUGAUUGGCUGGAAGGUGUGCAUUAAAACCGUUUAAUGCACAGGUAAUUUCAGUCAGUUUGAUAACAGGUCGAAAUUAAUCCGCUACUAUAAACAUUGGUAACCAUAGUAACACAGUUACACUUGCAGAGAGAGCAGGAGAGAGAGCGAGAAAGUGUUUCUCUCUGUCUCUCUCUCUCUGGUCCUUCUCUUUCAGUCUAUCUCUUUUAAAACAUUGCUUCGAAAUUUCCAACUGUUUGUUUUUGGUUUCAUUUAAUGUAAUGCAUUUCAAUGUGUCCUUAUAUAGUAAUCCUGGUUAGAGACGCCGGUUUAUUUCACACUUUACGUAAUUAAUUUAAAGGUGCAGUGUGUAAAUUUUAGUGGCGAGGUUGUGAAUUGCAACCAAUUGCUCAGUCCACUGCUCACCCCUCGGUUUUAAAACACAUAGAGAAGCUACGGUAGCCGCCACCGGACAAACAUGUCAUCGUCGGAGACAAAAAAUUUUCCUUUAAGGGCUUCUGUAGAAAAAUGGCAGCACAAAAUGGCGACUUCCAUGUAAGGGGACCCUCGCUGUAUGUAGAUAAAAAGGUCUCGUUCUAAGGUAAUAAACACAUAACGGUUCAUUAUGAAAGGUCUUUAUACACCCCUGAUAAUAUAGUUUUAUAUAUUAUUUUGCAUUUCUGUCAAAAGAUCCUUCUGAAAACUACACACUGCACCUUUAAAUAAAUGACAUGAUUUGUUCAAAUAAAGAUCGCCUUGUCAUUGUCAGUGUUGCCUGUCAUUCAUAAAUUAUUUUAAUAAAUUAAAUAAAGAAUCAUUAAGUUAGCUAUAUGCUUAAGCAACGAGGGGAUAGACUUUAAAGAAGAGACGCACACACCCACAGGUAACUCGCGCACGCAUCUCUCUCUCUCUCUCUCCCUCGGGUCCUUCUCUUUCAGUUGAGCCCCCCUAAAAUGAAAAUCCUUGAAUCGACCACACAGCACAGGAUAAAGUCUUCUACCACAGAAAAAUAAUGUCUUUUUAAUGUAUGUAGAGAUUAAACAUUUUGUAG